CCUCCCAUUUAGUCCAUAUUCUUUACUUCCUCUGACCCCCCUGCCCCUCUUUCUCCUCAUCCAAAUCCCCAAAUUUCUCUCUCCUCUUUUUCUCUUACAUACACAUACACAUACACAUACACAUACACACAUGAGAUUCCUCCGAAGCCUCAACGCCUCCUCUUCCUCUUCACCUCCCGGCGUUGACGAUGGUGACGGUGAAAACAUCGACUCGGACUUUGUCGUGAUCCUCGCCGCCCUCCUCUGCGCACUAAUAUGCGUCCUUGGCCUCGUCGCCGUCGCCCGGUGCGCUUGGCUCCGCCGCUUAGCCGGAGGCGCAACCUCAGCCUCAUCUCCGGCAAACAAAGGGCUAAAAAAGAAAGUCCUGAAAUCUCUACCUAAGGUGGCUUACUCCGCCGACCAACACGCCGGAAAACUCUCCGACGACUGUGCUAUCUGCUUGUCGGACUUUUCCGCCGGCGAAGAGAUCCGUGUGCUUCCUCAGUGCGGCCAUGGAUUCCACGUGUCGUGUAUUGACACGUGGCUUGGAUCUCACUCUUCCUGUCCUUCUUGUCGUCAGAUCCUCGCCGUUCGUUGCCAUAAAUGUGGCGGCGGCUUGCCCGAUUCUUCAUCUGGAGCUCCGCCUGUUGGGGAUGAUAAUAAUAAUAAUAGUCAUAUUCAUCAUCAUCAUAACAAUACUUUCUUACCUUAGCACGCCUUUUCUUUUCUUUUCUUUUUUUUUUAAGGAAAUUUCGCUUAUUUUUUUAGGGGUUAAGUUUUUCUUCUCUUUCUUGCUAAUGGAGUACAUAUUUGUGUUCUUUUUAAAUCUUGAAAUAGUGUAGUAUAUAUAUAGAUAGAAUUCAUAUCUCAUGAAAUGAAAUUAUUUAGAGUUUGUGUA